CCUUCUGUCAGUGAACAGUGACUACACUUGAACGGAAAAUCAAUUUUUUUUGUAAAAGCGUGCCACAAUGGAACAAAAAGGGCGAAUGCAGCUAAAGAAGUUUAGUUAAUAACGCAAACAGCAAUGCCGAGCAGUCUACUGUUCGCUACCAGUAGCGAGGGACGCGUGCAUACGCUGUCCACUAGCUCAAGUGGAUGGCGCGAGUUCCCAUAUCUUGGUCUCGAGUUCAAGAAAAUCAGCGCCGUCCCCAAUUAUAUGUGGGCUAUUGGCGGCGAUCGACAAGUGUACGUUCAUGUGCACGGACUUGAUGUGCCAAUACGGGUGAAAGAGGAGUCUUAUGAGAACGAGCGCUGGCUGCCCAUUGAGGGGUUCUCCAAAACACUGCUGCCCACCGAUCGUUAUAAAUACUCCAACGCUGAUGGCAGUGUUGAGAGGAGCGUGGACAAGAUUCGCUUGCCCUCCAUGGCCUGGCAGUGGGACGGUGAUUGGCACCUGGACCUGGAAUUGGACGGACAACAACUGCCUGAAGAUGGCUGGAUGUACGCCUUGGAUUUUCCAGCUUCAUACUCGGCAAAAAAGUCAUGGAACUCGUAUGUUCGACGACGCAAGUGGAUACGCUUUCGCCGCUAUGCUGCUCUGAACAGCUGGUGUGCUGUUGCACCCUUGCACAAGGAUCCAACGCAGGAGCCCUUCAUUGAUGUGGCCAUAGGCGGCACACACGUGCCCAAUGCACGAGCGGGCACGCUUUGUGUGUGGGCCAUAACGGCGCAUGGCCGUGCGAUGUUCCGGACCGGCGUCACUACCUUUGCACCAGAGGGCCUACGCUGGACCGCCAUCAAUACGCCUGUCGGCAGUGAGCUGGCCCAGAUUAGCGUAGGUCCCACGGGUCUAGUUUGGGCGGUACUUUACAACGGACGCGUCAUUGUGCGCACGGGCAUAACACGGGAUAAUCUGUCGGGAGAUGCGUGGCUGGACGUGAAAUCGCCGGUCGCCACCAGUUCACAAACAGAUACGCCACGUGGCCUACGCAUUGUGCAGAUCUCAGUGGGGACUGAUGCGGUCUGGUGCAUAACAAACGAUCAUCAUGCGUGGUUUCGACGUGGCAUCAAGGGUGAGGCGGCUGGCAUCAGUGAGGAUGCUGCCAUAGGCAGAGGCUGGGUAGAAAUGGUUGGCAAUCUGUCCAUGAUAUCAGUGGCACCAAAUGAUCAGGUAUUUGCAAUUGGUGCUGCAGACCGUGCUAUAUACUACCGAUCCGGCGUAACCGCCGCUGACCCCACCGGCAAGAAAUGGCUGAAAAUUCAAUGUCCCAUGCAAAUCAGUCGUUCCUCCAGUUCCUUGUCCAUAGUCUCACGCAAAAGUGGUGGCAGCAGCUCAACGCCCGGCUCCAAGCAUCAAAGCUUUUCCAAUCUCUAUUCCAAAGAGAAGGAAAAGGGUGUUGUGGAAACGUGCGCAGUCAUUGAAACUGUCACCACGCACAGCAACGCCUCCUCGAAUAAUGGUCUGAACAACCGUUUGAAGAAUGACCGCUGGAAGCUGAGCGCUGAUUCGCCGCCCACCAUUGGCAGCCUCAAUCUUAACGAGCGCCAGAAACAUCGGGCGACUGCCUUGCGUGAGCCCUUAUCACACGCUUCCAGUGCGCCGGCCGCUGAUGUUACUGAGAUAAGCGGAAAGUUUGAAACGCAGCUUAAAAAUCCACGCGCCUGGUCACCGGUGCGCAGUGUUGGAUCUGUUGUGGGCACCGAGGCGCAUCCGGAAAGUGAUUCAGCUGUCUUCGAAUCGGAAUCAGCGCAUGGCUCUGAUGCAUUUCUUGGCGAAGACGACGAUCACAACGGCUCGCAGUUCUGGACCGAAUGCGCAGUGAUGUGGAGCUGUGUGACCACUGGCGCCGUCACAAUCGAUACUAACAAUAUACCCAACUGGUUCAACGAGCACCACAACGAUGGCAAGGCCGAAGAGAAUCCCAAUUGGCGCAUCGAUAUACUCGAGAAACUCAAACAGCGCCAGCAGAGCGUGGCCAAACUGCAGCAGGAAACGCACUACGAGAAGGCAGUCGAGCUAACGUCUUGGAUUAAAACGGCGGACGCACGUUAUCAUCAUCCAGGUGGCGACUACGAAGAUUGCAUCAUUGAAUUGGAAUGGGUUAGCGGCAACGGGGGCGACAGCACAGAGAAUGACUCUGGCACCUUCACAGUGCUCAGUCCCGACGGCUCAGCAACAAAAAUACAAUUCGCACUCUCCGAUAUUACGUGCGUGCAAUGCUGCAGCGAGCCGGGUGCACCACGAUUGGCCAUACACGCAAUGCAUCUGCCCAUCAAUUGCAGCCCAGUCAAACUGCAAUUCGCAGGCGAUGCUGAUAUGGAGGAUUGGCUAUCCCACCUGUCCUCGGUAUGCAGUCAAAUCAAUAUGCUAGUGGGCAAACCGGCCAGCAAUGCGAUUUGGCUGACCAGCGAUCUGGGCGAUGUAUUUGUCUUCGAUGCAGCCAACAUGAAGGCACAACAGCUGGAAAAAAAUAGCAAUGGACAGGCUCACUACGUGGAGCGCAUGGAUGUGUCUACGUGUGAGACACCCUACUAUAAUACGCUAUAUAAUGGCAUGCCCUGUGGCAGCGAGCUGGAAAUAGCGGGCUGUGUCUACGACGAUGCCGAUCAGAUUCGCUUUGACUUGCAGUGUCAUUCUAGUGUUAAAGCACUCCCCCAUCGUGUGGAGAAGUAUCGUGUCAUAGCGAUGCAUUUGAAUCCGCGCUUCAAUGAGCGCACAACCGUACUCAACUCUAUGAUUGAUUCCGAGUGGCUGGAUGAAGUACGCAAUGAUCGCAUGGUCUUUGCGCCUGGUGCGAGCUUCACUGUGAAAAUCAGGGCUCUUCAAAAUCAAUAUCAGAUUGUUGUAAACAAUGAACUCUAUGCUGAUUACAAAUAUCGCACGGAUCCGGCGGCGGUUACCUGUCUGUAUGUGAGUGGCCGAGUGAAGCUAUUUAGUGUCAUCUAUCGUUCGCCGUCGGUGAUUUUAUCCAUGCAACAAUUGCAUUGGCGCCAGAUAGGUGGCCAUGUGAAGCGAGUAUAUAAUAGUGGAGUGGAUGUCGUCUGGGGCAUAUCCUGCGAUAAUACCGCUUGGGCGUACAACGGCGGCUGGGGCGGCAUGUUCCUGAAGGGCCUGGAAGGGUCGGGCAAAAUAAACACAAUGAUUGACACGCACACCUACUACGUGUAUGAGAAUCAGCGCUGGAAUCCCAUCAGUGGCUUCACUGCCAAGAGCCUGCCCACGGAUCGACACAUGUGGAGCGAUGCGACUGGGCGACAGAAACGUAGCAAGGAGCACACCAAGCUACUGUCCACACACUGCGAAUGGAUAUCCGAUUGGGCCAUCGACUACAAUAUACCCGGCGGAGCGGACAAGGAAGGCUGGCAGUAUGCAAUCGAUUUUCCAGCCACCUAUCAUGCACAAAAGAAGCUAACGGAUUGCGUGCGCCGACGGCGUUGGAUGAAGAAAUGUCGACUCACCAGCAGUGGCCCUUGGCAAGAGCUAAGUCAUUCCAAAAUACUGGACGCCUCACUGCAGGUCCUGGACAGUGAUGUGGACAGCGCAGUAAACGUAGAGGAUAUGCCCGUUGCUGCAUGGGCCGUUGCCUCGAAUGGCGAUGUCUUGAUCCGUCAUGGCGUCUCUACACUAAAUCCUCGCGGAGACACCUGGGAGCAUAUUGUAAGCGACCAGCCGCUGGUAGGGAUUAGUAUAGGACCCACUGGACAGGUGUGGGCAGUUGCUCGCAAUGGCAUGAUCUUCUUCAGAUAUGGCAUCAGCAAGGUGAACCCUAGUGGUGACGCCUGGCAGCAGGUCGAAGCACCGUCUGGCGUUACCUUCAAAGUCAUUAGCGUAGGUCGUGCCGGCAUCUGGGCAUUGGACAACCAACAGCGUCUAGCGGUGCGUAAGGAAGUAACACGCACAUUCCCGGAGGGCUCACACUGGCAAUUUCUCCCAAACUCUGCCAAUGUUCCGCCGCACACAGAGACCCACUGCGGCUUUCGUUCCGUAUCCGUCGGAAAGGAAGUGUGGGCCAUUUCCCUAAAUGGCGUCAUAUGCCGAAGAUGUGGAAUAACAAAUGAGAAUCCAGCUGGAGCCGGUUGGAGUCUAGGAAUCGCGGGCCAGUGGCAGCACUUAUCCCUGGAGGGGUAUAUGUAAUGAUCUCAUUCCGAUUUCAGUAUUUAUAGCGAUACUCUACACUCAAUAAUGAUAUACAGAUCUGCAACAACUAUUGACAAUUGAACACUGGAGAUGAAAUGUUCCAUAAAAAGAAGACAUUUAAUUUGUAUUACUUGAACUUUGGGUGUUUAGUAACCUUACAUAAAAAAAUCUUGACUGCAGCAUUCUUCCUUGUUCCAUUAUAAUAUGAAAUGCUUACACAUAAGCUCGUUGUAUUAAGCGUGAAUAUGUUUUAAUUUAUACGUUAUAUUUUUGUUAUGCAUGAUUUAUUCAUAUUAGAGCUUACUGCUUUAAAUUGUAUGCGACCCCCCAAUAUAUUAUAAAAUUCAAAUAUUAAAAUAUGUAUGUAUUAUA